GGUUCCACAAAAGUGCACGUGAUGGCGCUACUGCAAACGGAAGCAUCAAUCUGAGGCAUCGAUCAUCGGUACCGGUAGUGGCAAAGCAAGCGGACACCGUUCGAUGCUCUUCCCAUCCUGAAUGUUACGUUAUGGCUUCCCGAACAUCUAUAACCUCGCACGCUCCUAACAGCACCAUCAGCGCAUUGGCCCAACUGUCAACCGGGAUAAUUCAGCAGGUUGAUUCAUCGAUAGCCACCGCAGUCACCACACCAGUGGACGACCGGUCCACUCAUGGAUCAACUGAUAAAUCGUCGAACAGUCUGACUGGACAUUGGGAUAUCGAAAAAUUUCGGCCCCAGUUCACGUACAACUUUGAUCGCGAGAAGAGCCUUGGCACGGGUGGACAAAGCCACGGUGUAUACGCGGCGACACCCAGUGCCGCAAAUGUACAACCUGGGAAAUUUGCUGUGAAGUGUAUUAACCCACGGGAUUCUAACCUGUCAACGAAUGAAGCUAUCAAGCAAAUAAUCAAGGAGUUCAAGACGAUCAUCGGGCUCGAUUCGCCUAACAAUCAUCUGGUCAAGUACCAUUAUUUGGACUGGGGAAUGUACAGUGACGCACAGGAGUUGCGGAUUUUGAUGGAGUACUGUGAAGGCGGGUCGCUUUCGGAGAAGAAUGAGAAACUGGAGAAAGCCGGCCAGCGAUACAGUCAAUCGGAAAUCGUACGCGACUUUACGGGAAUUCUCAACGGUCUCGCCUUUCUGCACGAUAAACGGAUUGUGCAUCGUGAUCUGAAGGGACAAAAUAUUCUCUUUACGGCCGACGGAACCGCCAAGAUUGCUGAUUUUGGCAUAUCGGUGCAGCUUGCCGGUAUGACAACGGGUUCGGGGGAUGCUGUCGGCGCCGCGGGAACGUACCCUUACAUGGCACCAGAGAAUUUCAACAAGGAUUUCGGCAAAACCGGUCGGAAGAGCGACAUCUGGUCGUUGGGCUGUGUCCUGCUGGAGAUGCUGCAGGGUCACGCUCCGAGGUAUUACCGCUUCGAAUCCGGCGACAAAAAAGUGGAACUGCGUGGAACGGAUAUUGCUAAAGCCUUAUCGGCGCAAGAGAAACCUUUCCGCUAUCCGCAGUUUAACCGGGAGAACUGUGGCGAUACAGAAAAGUUUGUGCGGGAUGCCGAGAAAUUUCUUGAUCUCUGCUUGAAAGCGGAUGCAUCCGAACGACCGACAGCAAGAGAUUUAUUGAAUCAUAAACUUAUUACGGGCGCUGUGAAAGGCAAGGCAAUGUUCCAAAAGCUUAAAUCGGAAGUAAUGGAACACACGAAGGGCGUCAGAAACGGACUAUUCCGUCAAAUUAAAAAGGAUCCACUGGGCGCGCUGCAGAAGGUGGUGCAAACUGGAUCGACUUUGGUCAAUACUCUACUGCAGCUGGCCGAUUUAGUUUCGGAUAAUAAUGAUACGGAAGUGCGACAGUCUAAUCAUGUGCAUCAGCAUCUGCACUUCCACAAUGAUGGCUCUGACGCCGAUUCUUCGGAAGAUGAUCAAAACGAUGACGAUGAUGAUGAUGAUGAUGGCGAUGCGAAUUAUCACACCAGUAGUGCUGGGUAUGGCUAUGAUGACGGUGAUGAUGAUUACGAGGAUACCGAUGAGCAGGAUGAAUCUAACUCUAAUGGCUCAGACUCGGAUUCUGACUGAGAGGCAACUGUAUUUUACCUCAACAAUCACACAAGCGUUUUCUACAAACUCUUACUUCGAUUUUACGAAUCAUUCCUAGAAUAUUAAAGCGCUGUGCGUGGAUAACUUACGUAUGUGUUGUGACGUACUUGUUGUUUGUUCCGUUAUGACUGUAUGACUUGUUGUCAUUUUCUAAUGCAAUAGCUUAACUAAUUAGUCUGAACAUUAUAACUUCAACUAAUUCUGUGGGCUUGCUUCUAGCUGAAAAGUCGAAUUAAGGUUUGUAGCAGAAUUUCUAUGUUAGCUCUAGGCUAAAAGGAAGUUCAUUUCCUUCCGUUUUGUUCUGUUUGCGUUGUUCGUUUAGUUGGGUGGUUAAACAUUUGGGAAGUUCCUGAA